AUGUCUGAAUCUGGAAAGUGCACCUCUAUCAUCAACUUGCGUUACCAAGAUGGCAGCGAGGGGAGCCCCUCCAACCCUGCCAAGUUCAACAACCAAGACUUUGCACAGCUGAAAGAUAACUACCGCCGUAAAAGGAGACAGUUUGUGGACAACACCUUCCCACCAAACGACCAAUCUCUAGGAGACCUGCGUGGUUUGACCUAUCGGCAGAUGGCCCAAGUGGAGUGGCUUCGACCAGCGGACAUCUUGAAAGCACAAAAUGACAGCAGUGAUCCUGUUUUCUGUAGCAAAGGAGCCUCACGAUUUGACUACAGUCAAGGCGUUGUGGGUAACUGCUGGUUCCUGGCUGCAAUUUCAUCACUGACGUUCAAGAAGGGCCUGUUCGUUCAAGUUGUACCUAUGGACCAGACCUUCAGUGAUUAUGCAGGGAUAUUUCAUUUCAGGUUCUGGAGGUUUGGCAAGUGGGUGGAUGUUGUCAUUGAUGACUACCUGCCGACACUCAACAACCAGUUGCUGUCUGUGAGCACCAAGAGUGGAAAUGAGUUCUGGGCUCCUCUGCUGGAGAAAGCUUAUGCCAAAUUGUGCGGUUCAUAUGCAGACUUGAGCGCUGGAUUGCCAUCAGAGGCCUGCAAGGAUUUCAGUGGAGGCCUGCACAAAAGUUACCAACUCCAUGAAGUCCACAAUGUAGGCCAUGAUGAUGAGCUGUGGAAUGCACUGGGCAUUUCCACCAGGUGCGACUCGAUGAUUUGCUGCGGGACUGCUCAGAAAGGGGGAGAGUUGGUGAACACUGUGGAGGACACUGGUAUAGUGGAUGCACAUGCCUAUUCUGUCACAGCAGUCACUGAGGUUAAUUAUUACGGUUCCAAAGUGAAGCUGGUGCGACUCAUGAAUCCUUGGGGCAAAACUGAGUGGAACGGAAAGUGGAGUGACAAGUCCACCAUGUGGAAUAGAGUCAGCCCAGAAGAUCAGGAAAAAUGUUCUGACCGCAACGAUGGAGAGUUUUGGAUGGAGUUGGAGGACUUCUGCUUUUAUUUCCAAGAAUUGUUCAUCUGCUGUGAGAACCCCAACUUUAUUGACGGAGACCUCACCUGCCAGUGGAAAUCCUUGACUUACGAUGGCAGCUGGGUGGCAGGGAGAUCCGCAGGAGGCAACUUUUCCUACGAUUCCUUUGCGAAGAACCCUCAGUAUCGCUUGAAGGUGUCCAAAAUAAACAAGGAGGAGCAGUCGGACAAAAACAUCUUCCUUUCUCUGAUGCAGAAACCUCAGCAACAGAAUCGCAAAAGAAUCAAUAACUACCCGAUUGGACUAAACCUCUUUAAGAUUCAACCAGGGACACCACAAGGACGUGUGAGGCCCGACUUCUAUAAGAAGAAUGGGCCCAUCGACAAAAGAACGAUUUACACCAAUAAAAGGGAUUUGAUUCAGCCGUACAGUCUAGAGCCUGGAGAGUAUCUGAUCGUCCCUAGCACAAUGAGACCCAACAUGAGUGCAGACUUUGUUCUCACCGUCUACACCAAGGCUGAGGCUAAGAUCAGCCCGCAUGAUGAAGAUGAUGACGACGAUCAUGACCAUGAAGAGGAGGAGAACUUAAUUCUUCCUGAGCCGUCAACCGACAAUGACAAGGACAAUGAGGAGACCACUGACAGGAAUCCCAUCCGUGCCAUGUUCAACAGAUAUGCUGAUCAGUAUGGUGAGCUGAAAGCCAUACAGCUCCAGUAUCUCCUGAAUGACAACUUCCCUCAUGGCACUCGGUACGGCAUUGGUUUGGAUACCUGCAGGAGCAUGAUAGCUAUGGUGGAUACCAACCAACGAAUGACGAUGACCUUCUCUGAGUUCUCAACUCUCUGGGAGAAGAUUAACAAAUACAAGAAACAAUUUCAUCGUGCAGAUUUGAAUGGGGCGGGAUCUCUGUCUGAAUAUGAGCUCAAGAAGGCGAUUGAGGCUGCAGGAAUUGACACAGACGACCUCAUGGUAAGGCUGAUGAUGGCCCGGUAUUCAGGCUUUUCAAACACCUCCAUGGAGAGCUUCAUCACUCUCAUGAUACGCAUGGAAAAGACUUCGGAUCUUUUCAAGAACAAUUCAUCAGAUGGAGUGAUCCGCUUGUCCUGGCAUGAGUGGUCCAACUUCACCAUGUACAACUAG